UCCGAAAAAAAAGUAGGCAAUUUCUGAAAUAUAUGAAACAAUUUCCAUAUAAAAGCAGCGAGAAAACGAAGCAAGGGCUUCAACCAUAGCUUCCAUUUUUGGAGAGAAAAUGGCGGAUGAUAGAACUGGAGAAGUGCCAAACAAGCAGAUCAUCUUCAAGGACUACGUUACCGGAUUUCCGAAGGAAGAUGACAUGGUCUUCACGUGCGCUACUUCAAAAAUCAAAGUUCCAGAGGGAUCAAAAUCCGUUCUUGUCAAGAAUCUCUACCUGUCUUGCGACCCUUACAUGAGAGGUCGAAUGUCCAAGCCCUAUUCGGCGAGUUACACGAAUUCGUACACUCCUGGAUCGGUUAUUGUUGGCUAUGGUGUGGGUAAAGUUGUCGACUCAGCACAUCCGAAUUUCAAGGCGGGUGAUUUAGUUUGGGGAAUCACUGGAUGGGAAGAAUACAGUUUGGCAUCAAUGCCCGAAGCCCUUGUUAAAAUCAAAUACACUGACGUACCUCUUUCAUACUAUACGGGCAUUCUAGGUAUGCCCGGACUUACGGCUUAUGUGGGCUUUCAUGAGAUUUGCUCUCCUAAGAAAGGGGAAACUGUCUAUGUAUCAGCAGCAUCUGGGGCAGUGGGGCAACUUGUGGGGCAGUUUGCUAAACUAAUGGGUUGCUAUGUCGUGGGAAGUGCCGGUACCAAAGAGAAGGUUGAUCUGUUGAAGAACAAGUUUGGGUUCGAUGAUGCAUUCAACUACAAAGAGGAGCAGGAUCUGGCUGCGGCCUUGAAACGGUGCUUCCCUGAAGGCAUAGACAUCUACUUUGAAAAUGUGGGUGGACGCAUGCUCGAUGCAGUUUUGUUGAACAUGAAAGUCCAUGGACGGAUUGCUGUUUGCGGGUUGAUAUCUCAAUACAAUCUCACCCAACAAGAGGGUGUACACAACUUGUUCUGCCUGGUAACAAAGCGCAUCAGGAUGCAAGGAUUCAUCGAGCCCGAUUACAAGCACAUGUACCCUCAGUUCCUUGAGCUUGUGAUUCAGUACAUUAGGGAAAAGAAGAUAGUUUAUGUUGAGGAUGUUGCCGAAGGUCUGGAAAAGGCUCCUUCUGCUCUGAUUGGACUCUUCUCAGGGAACAACGUCGGCAAACAGGUAGUGCUUAUUGCUCGCGACUGAUGAAUGAUAUUUUAGUGGGAUGGUAUGAUAUGUUAGUGUUAUUGAAAAAUGUGAUAAUGGAUUUAAACAUAUGAGCCAUGGGCUUUUUCAGACAUUUGAAUUUAAUAAAGGACUGUGUAUUGGACCCAUGUAUUUGCAUAUUAAAUUAGGAUUUUGUCUACA